CACGCACUAUGUUCAUCACUUUGCGGUCACAGCGUUGUUUGCAGCUAGUAAGCAGAAGCCAUCCGAGAUAGAAACAUGGUGAAAUAUGGCUCUCAGAGCAGUCUAUGCCUCCUGUUUCACCCUUGUCAAACAAUAUCGAGGCGACAUCACGUAUUUCCUCGGCGGGGGUGUGGCGAGAUUCUCGGUCAUUGAAGUCUGGAACAUGAAUUCAGUGCAUGAGUAGCGACAUUGGCUGCGCUAACCGGUGUCCGCGCCUGCCUAUUGCAUGUACCACAUUCGGACAAAAUGUUGUAUGAUCAGGCUCAGAAUUUGGCCUCAUAUGUGGAAGCCAUCCAACGCGCAGAACUGCCCAAGGCCAGCGAGGACAUCAAGCCUUUCAUUCCAGAAUUGCGUCAAGCAGCCGCAGGCAUCAGCUACUAUUUGCUCUCACAGAUUGCAAGUCUCGAGAGCGCAUUCUAUGCGUCCGAAGACACUGAUUCCAAACAUACGCCCGUGACCGACCAUGGUGUCGAAGGCGCGUUUCAGCUUUGGGACUGGCAAGAUAUUGAAGCCGCUCUUGACGGAAAGGACUCAACGCUUUCAAAGUUGCAGUCAAGCAUUUGUGCUUCAAGGUUGACGGCAACAUCGACACGUCCGCAGACCAGGAAGGAGAGAUGUUACCAAAGCGCCCUUAGUGCUCCCGACUCAGUCGAAGAAGAUGCCGUGAAAUUGUCACUCCCUUCAAAAAGGCUGCAGAGCUGAUGCAGCAGAUCAAGACCAAGCUCCUCGUGUUGUGUGACAAGAGGCCACGGCCAGGACGUGAUGUGAAGACCAUCACCACGUGAAGCUUUAUGACUAUCUCUGCUUUUGCAGAGCGACUGCAGUUCUGCGAGAGGAGA